AUGAACUGCCUCAAGACCCGCGGCAUCUGCGACGGAUACGCCGUUAAGCCGCGGAAGUCGCGAGCCAAGGCGUCGUCCCGAGUGCAGGUCGAGAGACUCAACCCGGACCGCUCGUGCCAUCGCGGAGGCGGCGCCGGAGGCGGCGGCGGCGGUGGCAGCCCGCGUGUGCUCAUCCGCGAACCAGACAUGAACACACUCGACUUCGCCGACGACAUGCAGAGCGUCUACUUUGACGACUGGAACGACCUCGUCCGCGUCUCGCUCGGCGGCGCCCCCUUCUCCCGCACCAAGUUGUGGACGACAACCAUGCCCCAGCUCGCCCGCCGGAACCCGGCCCUGCGCCACGCCGCCAUCGGCAUCGGCGCCAUCAGCCGGGCCUUCACGGCCCAGGGCCCCUACAUCGUCACGCGCAACUUCACGGCCGUCGCCAACCUGCUGCAGAGCCCGCACUACCAGAACGCCAUCAUCCACUACUGCCAGGCGCUGCGCCUCCAGGGCCAGGCCGACUUCCAGACCGCCAGCAUCCAGGAGGCCGUGCUGCUGUCCAUCCUCUUCGUCGCCUUCGAGGCCAUGCGCGGCAACCGCCACUCGGCUCUGCAGCACGUCAAGUUCGGCUUCGUCCUGCUGCAGGAGCUGCUGACGAGCGCCGACUCGGAGGAGCGCAUCUGGAACCUGGCGCCGGACCCGAGGCAGCUCAUCACCGAGGUCCUGGAUCUGUACAACCACCUCGACGUCCAGAGCCGCACCGUCCUCAGCGGCCGCGUCAAGGCGAGCCGCUCGCCCGCCUACGAGCUCAUCCGCGGCCUCAAGGCGCGCGGCCACACCAUCGAGACGUACAGCAUGCAGAUCCAGCGCUACACGGACCCCGGCGAGGGCCGGACGCCCAUGCCGGACGUCUUCCACGACGCCGAGGACGCCUACGCGUGGUGGAAGACGUGCCAGCGGCGCAUCGCCAAGCUCGGCCCGCUGCUCCUCAGCGUCGUCGACGACCUGAAGCUCGACGAGGUCGUCGACGAGCAGGGCAUCGACCGCAUCCUCGAGGCCAUGCAGACGCAGCCGGAGCUGCUCGCCUACUGCGAAAAGUCCGCCGCCAGCCUGCAGCAGUGGCGCCGCUCCUUCGAGCCGCUCUACAACAAGACGCUGUCCGACGCGGACGUCGACCGCCGCGAGUACCUCAAGAUCCUGCACCUGCGCAUGCACUACCUCAUCAUGUUCCUCCACAGCUUCUUCCCCAAGUACGCCGACGAGGCGACCAUCGCCUCCAUGACCCCUUACUGCCGCGAGGUCAACGACGUCGUCGAGAUCCUGCUGCGCGAGCAGCAGCGCGACUUCCGCUCGGCGGCCCACGUCUUCUCGAUGGAGUUCGGGCUCGCGUGGCAGCUGACAGUCGUCGCCAUGACGUGCCGCGACCCGCUCGUGCGGGAGAACGCGACGCGCAUCCUCGAGGCGUACCCGCGCCGCGAGGGCCUCUGGGACAGCGUGGCGUUCCUGGCGGUGCUGCGUAAGAACCAGGAGCUCGAGGCGGAGAACGCAAAGGGGGGCGGCACGGCGUCGGAGCAGUGGCGGCGGCUGCGCCGGCGGGAGUUUAUCUUCGAGGACGCCGGCGCGACCAUCAUCUUCCGGUCGCUCAAGAAGGACCCCGACACGGGGCAGUGGGAGCUCGUCGAGGAGGCGGCCGAGUUCCGGGGCGAGGCGGAGGGGUUGGAGUGGAAGACGAGGCCGCUGAGCGGGGCAGGCUUCAUCAUGACAUGA